AUUCCCUUACAUUUCAAUUGGAAUCAAGACACACAAGAAUAUAAUUUCUGAAUCCGUUUAGCAAUGGCUUUCAAAAUGUUUACUAAAAAUGUAACUUUUUUUAUUCUUUGUUUGAACUUGAUAUUAAUAUCUGGUUCAUUUGGUUGUCAAGUGAAGAGGAACGAAGAAACAGACAGUUUUGUUUGUGUUUGUAAUAAUGAUUAUUGUGAUCCCUUACCAGUUGAACCAUUCUCAUCACCUCAAUCAUUGACUAUAUUCACAACUGAUAAAUCAUAUUAUCGUUUAACCAAAUCAGUUGUACCCGAAUCCAAUCUUAAGGUUAACCAAUCCUCGGAUAUUAAAGUUACUCUCAAUGUCUUUGAUCGUUUUCAAUCAAUAAUUGGAUUUGGUGGAGCCUUUACUGAUGCAGCUGGAAUCAACAUCAAUAGACUAACAAGUGACGCUUUGAAAGAUCGUUUGAUUGCUGAUUAUUUUGGAAAAGAUGGAGCUGAAUAUAAUAUUGGUCGAGUUCCAAUUGGAGGAGCCGAUUUCUCUGAUCGAAUUUAUUCUUACGAUGAUGAUGUUGUCGACGAUUUUGAGUUGAAACAUUUUGCUUUAGCUCCUGAUGAUUAUGAUUAUAAGAUUCCAUACAUCAAAAAAGGCCAGCAAAUCAACAGUAAUAUCAAACUAUUCGCAUCUCCUUGGGCUCCACCUAAAUGGCUGAAGACGAGCAAUCAAUCAGAAGGAUUGGGAAUAUUAAAGGGCGAACCUGGAAGUAUCUAUUGGAAAACAUACGCUAAUUAUCUCAUCAAAUUCCUUGAGAGUUACAAAGAAAAUGCUGUUGAGUUUUGGGGACUGACACCACAAAAUGAGCCUUUGACUGGCCUCAGUCCGUAUUAUGGUUUCAACACUUUGGGCUUUUCUACAUACAUGAUGAAAGAGUUCAUUCGACGGGAUUUAGGACCCGCUCUGAAGGCUGCUGGUUAUGGACCAGAUAAAUUAAAGUUAAUGAUUUAUGACCAUAAUAAUGAUGAAGUUUAUUCAUUUGCAAGAGGCGUUUUGGCUGAUGCCGAAGCCGCUAGUUAUGUUUCUGGUGUAGCUUAUCAUUGGUAUGCUGGUCCUAGUGCAGAAAACUAUGAUGAUUUGAAAAAAGUGCAUGACAAAUUCCCUGACUAUUUCCUACUAUCAACUGAAGCCUGUGAAGGAUGGAAUGGCCCUAAAUCAAAUAGAGGAGUUAAACUUGGUAAUUGGACUCGAGCCGAAACUUACGCAUAUGAUGUUAUCGAAGGAUUGAAUCACUGGUCAACUGGUUGGGUUGAUUGGAACCUUGUACUAGACACAACAGGAGGUCCUAAUUGGGUCAAAAACAUUGUCGAUGCUCCAAUAAUAGUAUCUGAUGAUGGAACUGAAUAUUACAAACAACCAAUGUUCUAUUCUUUAGCUCAUUUCAGUAAAUUCUUGAAACCAGGAUCACAAAGAAUUUAUCAUCAAAUCGAUGAAGGUCGAAUGGAUGGCGUUAAAAUGACUACCUUUGUAACUCCAACGAACGAUCUUGUUAUUAUUGUUGUCAAUACAAAUCCAGAUUCGGUUAAAAUUACAUUCAAUGGAGCUGGAGCGAGUAAAUUCACUCUUGACUUUGGUCCAAGUUCAAUACAAACUAUUGUCAAGCCAUUAUCAUUUUGAAUACAUUUUUCAAACAUGAAGCAUACAUUAUGAAUCAAAAUAAAUGCUUAAGAUUUAUGAAAAAUUA